CUCCACUAGAAAAGUGUUGAAGUUGAUUAGGACACUCUCAACAGAAAUGGAAGCAUCUUUGAAAAAGGAAAAUAUUUAUAAAUAUAUAGGUAGAUUAAAAUAGUAUUUGUGGUUGAUAUUAUAAGGUAAAGAAACAUUGAUGUGGUGUAGUAAUAAUUAAAUCAGAGGCAAGGUCCUGUUGUCGCAGACAUUAUAAACUUCAAAUUCCUUAGUAACAAAUGAUGUUCUUCUAUUGAUUCCUCAAUUUCUCCAACUCAAAACUAAGUUUCGUCUUUGUGAUCUCUUGAUUAUAUUAUAUCGAUUUGUGAAUUGUUUUUCCGCAAAAAAAAAUUCAUUCAAACCAUGGCUUCAUUAUGCCGGCGGUUAUCCGCCGCCGCACCGGCCGGUCACUUCCGAUUCCAUCGGCCCGCCGGGAUUUGCGCGGUUCGAUACGGUUAUUCCGUCCGGCGGCCAAUGCGGUUGGUUGCGGCGGGGACCACCGUGGGCGGCGGCGCGUGGGUGACAUCCGACGACGUCGGAGGGAGGGAGGAGAAGGUGGGCCCCUGCUCCUACGCCGUGGAGGAUCGGAGGGUGGCGGAAGAUGGCGGAAGCGAUGCGGUGGUAGGAAGUAGGAACCGGGUGGUGGAAGUGGCGGCGGCGGCGGUUGCAACGGUGGUGCUGGGUGUUGGGAACCGGGUUCUGUAUAAGUUGGCUUUGGUUCCGUUGAAGCACUACCCUUUCUUCCUUGCUCAACUUGCCACUUUCGGAUAUGUAAUAGUGUACUUUGCGAUUUUGUAUAUUCGACACCAUGCGGGCAUUGUUACUGAUGAGAUGUUAGAUGCUCCAAAGGCUCCAUUUAUAGUUGUUGGUCUAUUGGAGGCUCUCGCUGCUGCCACUGGAAUGGCCGCAGGAGCAAUUCUCUCUGGAGCUUCGAUUCCAAUUUUAUCUCAGACUUUUCUAGUGUGGCAAAUACUCCUGUCAAUUAUUUUUCUUGGGAGAAGAUAUAAAGUCAACCAAUUACUUGGAUGCUUUCUUGUAACCAUUGGUGUAGUUGUUACUGUAGCAAGUGGAGCUGGUGCUGGGAAUUUAUUAAAGGAAGGUGGUAUGUUUUGGAGUCUUUUGAUGAUCGUUUCAUUUUUCCUCCAAGCGGCUGAUACCGUGCUGAAGGAAAUUAUCUUUUUGGAUUCAUCCCGAAAAUUGAAGGGAGGUUGUUGUAUGGACCUUUUUGUUGUCAAUUCGUACGGAUCUGCUUUCCAAGCACUAUUCGUGUGCCUUCUUCUCCCCUUCUUGUCAAAAUUAUGGGGCAUUCCCUUCAGUCAACUACCAAACUACCUUAAAGAUGGUGCAGCCUGCUUCCUAAAUUUUGGUACAUUAUCAAGUGGAUGUGAUGGUGCCCCUCUGCUUCCUCUGCUGUUUAUUAUUGUAAACAUAGGUUUCAAUAUUGCAUUGCUUCAUCUCCUCAAGAUCUCUUCAGCUGUUGUAUCUUGUCUUGCUUCCACAUUUUCAGUCCCAAUAUCCAUCUACGUGUUCACCAUGCCAUUGCCAUACCUUGGUGUUGCCUCUUCUCUUCCAACAGGCUUUAUGGCAGGGGCCAUUAUCCUCAUUUUGGGCUUACUCAUUUAUGCUUGGACCCCUUCAAAUGGUUCCUCGAGUGCUUCCUUCUCAACUUCCUCCACCUAGAGAGGCUAGAAUGAGUUGACAUGUCAUUGCAGAUAGUACAACACCACAAGGAACUAAUUCAGGUUCACUUUUAGGAGAUGGCUAUAAGAAGGAGAAAGAAAUAGGGUGUUCUUGUAAGUUGUAAUAGUUGUUCGUAAGCAUUUUUUAUGAGCUAAGCUUAAGUAAGAAAGAGACUAGACUAUAGAUAGAACAGGUUCCAAGUUCAAUUUUUAUGUAAGCUAAGGAAAGUAAAUAGAGAAUAAAAGUCACUUUGUUGACUGAGGAAAUGAUAUUGGACCAUUUGGAUGCAACAUGUUCUUGACCACUAAGUAAAUAAGUGAUUGAGUAUAUACAAAUUGGUAAAAAGCACUGCCAGGUUUGUGAUA